AUGGCUCCAGCUCUCAUCGAAGAAGUCACCGAACAGACUACUGUAGGCUACAAGUCUGGAGUUGGUCAGUACAAAGAAGCUGCCUUUGGUGGCCCAAAAGUAUUCCGGAAAGAGCUCGAGCUGCGCGGCACAGACAAGCACGCGCCUGCUAAAUACCCACACUACCUCCCGACUUGGGACAACGAGAAGGGACAGAAAUAUCCACCAUGGGAGCCGUUUGAGCACACUGAGCACGGAAAAGAUGCCGAUCCUUCUUUCCCUAACCUCUUAAAGGACGCUACAGUUGCCGACAUUACCGCAAAUAUCGGCGCUGAAGUCCAUGGCGUCCAGCUGAGCGAGCUGACCGAUGCUGGAAAGGACGAACUCGCACUCUUUGUCGCCCAGAAGAAAGUUGUAGCGUUCCGCGACCAAGACUUUGCAGACAUCCCAAUCAAAGACGCGCUUGCUUUUGGUGGUUACUUCGGUCGGCACCACAUCCAUCCUACAUCCGGGGCUCCUGAAGGCUAUCCUGAGGUUCACCUUGUUCACCGAGGUACAGAUGACACCACUGCGCGAGAUUUCUUUGAAGAGCGAACGAACUCCAUUACUUGGCAUUCUGACGUGACGUAUGAGAAACAGCCACCCGGAACGACUUUCUUGUAUCUUCUUGAUGGACCAGCUGCGGGAGGCGACACUUUGUUCGCGAACCAGGCGGCAGCGUACAACAGACUCUCACCAGAGUUCAGAAAGCGACUACAUGGCUUGAAAGUCGUCCACUCAGCUGUCGAGCAAGCCGACAACAGCAAGAACAGAGGUGGCAUUGUCCGUCGCGACCCAGUGACUUCAAUUCAUCCGCUUGUACGAACGCAUCCCGCUACUGGCGAGAAAGCGCUCUUCGUGAAUCCCCAAUUUAGCCGACGCAUCGUAGGCUUCAAGAAAGAGGAGUCAGACUUCCUACUCAACUUCCUGUACGAUCAUAUCGCGAAGGGUCAAGACUUCCAAGCACGCAUUAAAUGGGCGCCGGGUACUGUUGUGGUAUGGGAUAAUCGCGUUACGGCGCACAGUGCGUUGCUCGAUUGGGAUGACGGCGCGCGCAGGCAUUUGGCGAGGAUUACGCCGCAGGCCGAGGCUCCUUAUGAGACGGGAUUAGAAGAGCGCAAGGCUGCUGGCUUUGAGUAUUAG